AUGAUGGCAAACUAAACAAGCUCUCGCAAACUAUAAAUUUCAAUGAUUAUUUCUUUGCUAUUUCAAUUUAUAAGAAUGAUAAUAUAAUAUUAGAAUAUAGAAAAUCAAUUUGUUACAUUUUUGAUGAUCAAUUUACUAAUUUAGAUUGCAUUAGAAUUAUUAUGUUUUAAAAAGACAAGCUUUUUUUAAACAGAAUUAUAACUUGCUCUUAUUUUUAUGGAUAUAAUUUUAUUUUAAGUAGAAUCAUUUAUGUAUGGUGUAGACAAUAUUUAUUAAAAUUAUUUUUAUAUUGUCAUCCUACACAAUUAGAUAUCCCUUAAGAUUAACAUGGCAGAUAGUCGAAAAUGGAAAACAAUUAGGAUUUUUUUUUUAAUAAUACUUAUUUUGAGUUUUUCAUAUUAAUCGCAUUUAAAUAGUUACUAAUCUAAUGAAUUCAAUUAAUAAUAUAUUGUCAUAGUAAAUCAAAAAUUAUAUAUAUUGCUUUUAUUGUGGUUACUUCCUUAAAAAAAUAGAACGAAAAUAAUUAAGCCUCACUCAUCAAGUAUUAAUGGAUUAUAAGACACUGUAAUUGAAACAGUCAUAAAUACAAAUAUACGCUAAUCUUAAUCUAGGAUAAUUCCAAAAAGAACAAUAAUAAGAGAUUUAAGUUUCAUUAGUACAGAUAAAUAAUAAAAGAUUUAAAUAAAUGAAACUCUUUCUUAAAUAGAUUAUAGUUCAUUAUUUGAUAUACUUUCUGAAGGGGUAAUAAUAGUUUAAUUUGAAAAAUGUGAUAAUAUAACUAACUCAAAACCUAGAAUUGAAUAUUAAAAUUAAAUCAGCAAAAAGAUUUUCCAAAAAAAUAACCACGAUUUGCUAAUGCUUUUUGAAAAGUUAUCAUGUGAAAUUCUUGUAGAUGAAUCACCUCUUCAUUCAAGGGAUUCUUUAUUUUCUCUUUAGAGUCUAAACUAAUAAUAGAUAAAAUAUUAUAAAUCCUCAAAAUUAAAUUUUUUCAAAUAUUUUUCUUAAGAUUAACAGAUGACUUUAAGAAAUACUGAAUAAAGUCAAUCUCCAAGAUUUAGAUCAUUGACUACUUAAGUAUUAUCAUCUAAAUUAUUUAGUUAAACACUGUAUAUAAAUGUUUAUUAUAUGUAUUUGGAACAAAAAGAUUUAGAAAAGAAAUAAAUGAUAAUAAUAAUUCAUUAGUUGUUGAAACAAGUUUUGAAAUUGAAAAUUCAAAAAGAUAAAUAGAAAUAAGUAUAUCAAUAGGUAGUGAAGAUUUGUUAUUUAUAAUUGCAAGAGAUGUUAUACAUAGAAAGAAUAUUAAAGAACUUCUUCAAAUUAAUUAAUCAAAAUCUAAAACUUUAUCUUUUGUAAGUCACGAAUUCAGAUCUCCUUUAAAUGUAGUUAUUAAUAUAUUAAGUAGACUGAAAGAGUAACUAUACAAUUUUGAUUAUAUAUGUUAGAAUAUAUCAAUAGUUUUAGAAAAUUCAUACUACAUGCUAAAUUUAGCCAAUGAUUUACUUGAUUUGGCAUAAAUUAAGGCAGAUUAAUUUAGUCUUAUUUAAAAAACCUUUAAUUUAACAUAGUUAGGAGAAGAAUGUUUAUAAAUGUUUAAACUAUAAGCUGAAUUGAAGAACAUAAAAUUAGAUGUGAUUUCAAAUGUUAAAUGCCUAUAAAUUAAAACAGAUAGAAAUAGACUUAAAUAAAUCUUAGUAAAUCUUAUAGCAAAUGCUUUGAAAUUUACAUAAAAAGGAGCUAUUUCAAUAAAAUUUGUUUAAUAAGGAUUAUUAGUUAAUGCUGGAGUAGAAGAUACAGGAGUUGGAAUAUCAUAAAAUAAUUUAGCAAAACUUUUUAAAGCAUUUGGUAAAAUUAAGGAAGGACUUUCUGAAAAUUUAAAUGAAUAAGGAGUUGGAUUAGGUUUAUUGAUAAGUAAUAAAUUAGCCUAAUAAUUAUCAUAUGAUAAUUCUGGAUUAAAAGUCAUUUCUUAAGAUACAUCUUAAACAAAGCAUGGAUCUUACUUUUACUUAACUUUAUAAAUUUAAUAAUUACAUCAUAAGUGUUCUAGUAUUAAAUUAGAUUAAAUUUAUUUGGAAGAUGAUUAUUCUCCAUCUUUAAAUGAAAUACGUUUAAAUAAUAAGAAAUCUUAGGAUUAAUAAUAUUAAAUAAUUAUCAAUAGUGAUAUAUAAAGUAAUUAAGAUUCAAUCAAAAUACAAGAUAUCAAAGAAUGUAAACAUAUUUUGAUAGUGGAUGAUAAUGUAUUCAAUUAAGAUAUAUUAGAAAUGCAAAUAAAAUAAUUGUAUAAAUAUUUAUAUAACAAGUAGCACAAUCGCAUAAAUAGAUAAAGCCUAUAAUGGAACUGAUGCUCUAGAAUAAAUUUAAUAGAAAAAAUGUUCGGAAAAUUGUUAAGGUUAUGGAGCAAUUUUUAUGGAUAUGGAAAUGCCAGGUUUAGAUGGUAUGUAAACUUCAACUCAAAUCUUAAAAACAAAUUAGCAAAUGAGAAUAUUUAUUACCUCUGGAUAUGAUGAAAAUAUAUUGAAAGAACAAGGAAAAAAAAUAGGUAUCAAGGAAUUUAUAGUUAAACCAAUCUCUAAACAAAUAAUUUAAAGAAUAAUUAAAUAAUACAAUCUAUGA